AUGGACCCGCCAAAGAAGCGCCUAACGUUUCUGCAUAGAUCAACAACGUUAGGAGGCAGGUCCCUACAAGAUGAAGCCGGCUUCAGCCGGACGGACUCGAUCCCAUCAUCGCUUACGCACUUCUCCCGCCGCGGACCUGACGAAGACGAAAAGGGGCGACUAGGCCUAACAACCCUCUACCAUCCAGUAUCUCCCGUCAACCCUGUGGUUGACAUUGUUUUCAUUCAUGGAUUAGGAGGAGGAAGCCGGAAAACCUGGUCCUAUUCAUCCGACCCGGAUCAUUUCUGGCCAAGCUGGCUUGUUACUGAUAGCGAGUUUGUGGAUGUCCGUCUUCACACCUUUGGCUACAAUGCGGAUUGGAGCGAGCGCGGGCAGAAUGUCUUCGACAUCCAUUCUUUUGGUCAACUAUUACUUAGUUCCUUGCGAAAUCACCCGGACAUCCGCCGCUCAGCCACCCGCAUCAUUCUCGUUGGACACAGCAUGGGUGGUUGUGUAGCCAAGCAAGCCUACCUCCUAGCAAGACAUGAUCCAUCAGCGAAAGACAUAGCCGACCGCAUACACUCCUUUUUCUUCUUGGCAACACCGCACCAGGGUUCCGACAUGGCCACUAUGCUGGAAAACAUGCUAUCGAUUACUAUCGGCAAAAAACCGUAUGUGACAGACCUUGCUCCUAAUUCAGUUGCCCUCAAGACAAUAAACGAUGAGUUUCGCCUCGUUGUAGGUGGCCUUCGACUCGUAUCUUUCUAUGAAACCCGACCCAUGCGUGUUGCAGGUCUAAACCGUUUUGUUGUCGAUACCACUUCUGCCCAGCUGGGCCUUCCAAACGAGGAAAUAAUACCUUUAAAUGCUGAUCAUCGUCACGUUUGCAAAUUUGCCAAUCGAGAAGACCCGAACUUCCAAUUAAUCCGAAAUUCGCUUAUUACCGCUGUCGACAGUAUCAAGGAUGCAGUUCCAGGCACUCUCAAUCAUUAUGUUGACACUAGGAUCUUCAAACAGCAAUCCAGUGGCGUUUCUUUCUCACCCAAGGAACAACAUCUUACCCCUUCCGAGGCCCUGAUUUUACGGUCGUUUCUCAAUGUCGCCGGCCCUAUCGAUAGCGAGUUCGAAACGCUACGACUGCUGAGGCAGCCAAAUUCUUGCGAAUGGUUUACUUACAGGAAUACUUUCCAGUCAUGGAUAUCAGGUAGAUCAACAGCUGGUGUCCUGUGGCUGGUUGGGAAGCCUGCUGCCGGCAAGUCGAUCAUGUCAACUCACGUUAUCGAAUACCUCCAACAGUCAAAUCUAAACUGCAGCUUUUUCUUCUGCAAACACUCGGAAACUGGAGGGUCCAUGCUAAGCAGCAUAUUCCUCUCGCUCGCAUACCAGAUGGCAUUACAGGACCGUUUGGUGAGAGACUCUAUCCUACAGCUCGCUCAGUCCGACCUUAUCUGGGAUAAAACGGAAGAGAUGAGUGUCUGGAAGCAGCUUUUCGUCAACUGCAUCUUCAAACUACAAUCACUAGACCAACAUUUUUGGGUCAUUGACGCUAUUGACGAGUGUCCGAACUUCAACGUAUUAUUUACUAAGAAGUUACUGGCCACUCUCCCCAGCUCACUAAGACUGUUUGCCACAAGCCGCAAAAUGGACGAAAUUGAACGAGGGCUACAGGGAUCUCUUGGCCCUUCUCGUGUCGAGAUCUACGAGUUACAAGAUACUGACACCUGGGACGAUAUUCGACUCUUCGUGAACACACGCCUGACUGACUUGGGGCUAUCAGAGAAUGAUGAAGACAGAGAACGUAUGUGCGAGAAAAUCCUCAAAAAGUCUUUUGGCUCCUUCCUUUGGGCACGACUUGUCCUUGAAGAACUGGAGACUAUAUGGACCGAAGAAGAUAUAGAUACUGUUCUGGACAACAUACCCGGGAACUUGUUCGAGUAUUACGCUCGAAUGGUCAGGUCCAUUGUGGAAGACAAGAGGAAAAUAGGUCUCGCAAGCACUAUCCUGACUUGGGUCGUUCUUGCACGGCGCCCAUUGACAAUUGAGGAACUUACCUGCGCAGUCAAGCUGGAUUUAGGCCAAACGCCGUUGCUAGCAAGGGCCAAGACGGCGCUCCCGAGCUUGUGCGGACAGCUUGUGUUUGUUGAUAAGUACAACAAAGUUCAUCUCAUACACGAGACGGUGCGGGAAUUUCUCACAAAACACGAUAUGCUGGCCCAGGAGCUGUUCAUGCGCCAGAAAAAUGGCCACACCAGGCUGGGUCUUCUUCUCAUUCAAUACCUCUCUGGCCCUGUCCUUAAACUGAAUCCCCUCAGCCAUUUGGCACCGUUCAAGGUCCAGCUACACGGCAGCAGCACGAGUGGAAGAGCGCUGCCCAAACAGCAGUCGUCUGGGGUAUCUGCUGACUCAGCCCUGCUCGACUACGCAAGCGUCUUCUUCUCCGACCAUCUACUCCAUGCUAUGUCAGAAGACCAUGAGUUGAUGCAGGCACUCUUUAAUUUUCUCCAGUCUAGCAACGUGCUCUCUUGGAUUGAGCAUGUUGCGAAGCUCAAAGAUUUGAAACCUCUGACGCAAACGGCAAUGAACCUGCGCAACUAUCUCACCAGAAGAGUCAAAUAUGUCGCUCCCACUGAUCGAGCUAUCCAGUUUGCGGAUGAUUGGGUAACGGACCUCAUCCGCGUCCCUGCCAAGUUCUGCGACCAGCUGCUUGCAUGCCCAUCGGCCAUUCAAACGCUAAUCCCGCCUCUUUGCCCACCACACUCUGCAAUCUCCCGGACCUUUGGCAGUGAUGCCCGAAACCUGGUUGUCAGGGGUCUUCGUCCUGGGUCGUGGGACGAUUGCCUAACCUAUUUAGACUUUGUGAAAGGGCGGCCGACAUCUUGCCUUCGCACAAUGAAGCACCCUGAGCGCGUCAAAAUUCUUGAGUUCAGCACUGAAAGCACUCUGUUGGCAUCGGCUGGACCAAAGCAGCUGUCGAUAUGGGACCCCAAGUCCGGAGCCCUACUUCAGUUGUUUGACUUUCCACCACGAUGCUCGCCGUUAGCCGUUGUAUUUCUAGGGACGCAAGAGAUCCUCGCAGCCUUUGAAUCAAAAGUGUUGAUUAAAUGGGAUCUCGAGACUGGAGACCAAGACAUGUAUCGUUGGGUUAGCACUGAUUUGGACGGCUCGACCAUUGCCAUACCCCAGUUGCCGGCAACCAAAGCUGCUUUCCUGGUGUUGGAUGAAGUCGUUUUGCUUGCUCUUGGUUAUCGGUUCCACCAUGUUGUCAUAUUGCACGCACUCACGGCAGAACCACUUGGGGUGUGCGGUGCUAACCUCUCAAACAAUGGAAUCGAUUGUAUGGCAUUCAACCCGAAUCCCGAGAUACCAGUCCUGAUCGUCGGCUACAUCAAUGGGACUUUGCGGAUUUUUGACUAUGGAACCAUGGAGCUACAAGUCGAACGCAACGACGUUUACGCUCAAUGCUUGGCCUGCUCUCCUGAUGGCCGCAGUGUUAUCGUUGGGACUAAGGAAGGGGUCAUUGAAGUCUUCGAUCUCGAUUGUACCCCUUAUCGCGGUGGGCUUACUCUGACAUUGAUAUACCGAACUAGUCGAAUGGAUAAGACCAUCAUUGGAGUUGCAAUGAGCUCUGAUGGCCAUCGCUUUGUCGACAUUCGCGGUCAACAAGCCCGAGUUUGGGCACCUGCCUCCCUAGUCAGACGGAAUACCAGCGAAGUAGAUAGUUCAGCAGGAGGAUCAGAAAUCGAUCCAGCUGUUUCACUUCCUCCACGACCUCCGGCUUUUUUCAGCAGCAAUAAGGAGAGCGAGAUUACAAGUCUUGUUGCAACUAGUGAUGGCCAGUUCAUAAUUGCUGGAAAGAGCAAUGGAGAUGUCGUGCUCUUUGAGACAAGUGAGGCAAAGCAGUUAGGUCGUCUUUAUCAUCAUGAUCACCGUGCCUCCGUUACUCGCCUGGUGUUUGCCGAGCCGAAUAACAUGGUCUUAUCUGCAGAUCAUAUUGGUUGCAUUAAGGUUGUUGUGUUUCAAACGCCGUUAUCGGGGAUCAAAACUACAUCAUCUACACCUCCUGUUCAUGUCAUCCUUAACCGUCACAUCAAAUCGACCGUGAGAUGUUUGCUUGUCAACUCUGCAGGGGACCGCGUUUUGGUCCAGGGCCGGGAGACGCUGGAACUCUGGGAGAUCCCUUCCGGCAACAUAUACGCUCCUCACCAGGAUCCUGAGUCAACCGAGGGCAUCCUCCUCAAAAGACGGGAAGACAACGCUACAACCGAGCAGCGGCAAUGGUCAGAAUGUGGCCAGCAGCACAAUUUACCCGAGAAGCAACUUCAGCGGAGCCUGUUCUAG